UGUAGCCACAUACACUGUACACAAGAAGGUGAAAUGAAAGGCAUGGAUACAUCGCACAAGACACUAGAUGAACCUGCCUGCUGAGUCUUCAGACAACUAUAAGAAGGUUCUCCACAAGAGUCAUCUACAGAAUUCAGGAGGACAGAUGAUGCGGUUCCUUUGUGGCAGCGUACAGUAUGGAUAAGCCAACAUAGGCCGUGCCCGCUCCAGAAUAACCUAACAUGGGCUUGAGGAUCGUAGCAGGGGUCUUCCACCUCCCCACAGCCGUUCUGUACGGCUCGCUGUCAUUCUUCCUCUCCGUCCUGCACAAUGUUUUCCUCCUCUACUACGUGGACACCUUUGUUUCAGUUUACAAGAUCGACAAACUGUCCUUCUGGAUUGGAGAGACCAUCUUUUUGAUCUGGAACAGUCUGAACGACCCUUUAUUUGGAUGGCUUAGUGACCGGAUCUUCCUGAACUCAAAACAGUCCAGCGUGGACACUCCUGACGUGGUGCUAAAGAGGCUGAGUGCCUUGAGCAGAAAUGGACCACUAUUUGCACUUUCUUUCCUGGCAUUCUGGGUGUCAUGGGCUCAUCCAGGUUUACAGUUCCUCAUCUGUCUUUGCCUGUACGACAGUUUCCUCACCAUGGUAGACCUGAACCAUAAUGCCUUGCUGGCAGACCUCGCAGUCUCAGCAGCAGAGAGGACAAGAUUGAACUUUCACUGCUCGCUGUUCAGUGCUAUUGGCUCCCUGUCUGUGUUUGCCUCUUAUACCGUCUGGAAUAAAGAAGACUUUUUCUCCUUUCGGAUAUUCUGUGUCUUCCUAGCAGCUUUGUCCGCCCUUGGAUUCACAGUUUCCACUUGGCUGCUCCGGCAGCGCUUUCAAACGGGAGGAAAAUCUGCCGAGAGCCAGGAUUGCUUAUUAAAAGAAUUAUACGUUGAUGAGCCCUCUGAUUCCCACGAAAAAAACAUCACCCUCCUGGAAUACCUCAAGCAGCUGUCAAGACAGCGAAAUUUUCUGUGGUUUGUCUGCAUGAACCUGGUACAGGUUUUUCAUUGUCAUUUCAACAGUAAUUUCUUCCCCCUCUUCCUGGAGCAUUUGUUGUCAGACAGAAUCUCUGUUUCUACUGGAUCUUUUUUACUUGGUAUCUCAUACAUUGCUCCCCAUUUAAAUAACAUGUAUUUCCUCUCGCUGUGUCGGAAGUAUGGCGUUUACAGCGUUGUGCGCUGGCUGUUCAUUGUCAAGCUGGCGCUCAGUGUAAUCAUGCUCCUAGCGGGACCGGACCAGAUAUAUCUACUGUGUAUAUUUAUAGCCAGCAAUCGUGUUUUCACUGAAGGGACUUGUAAACUACUAAACCUGGUGGUCACCGACCUGGUGGAUGAAGACUUUGUGCUAAACCACAGAAAACAGGCGGCCUCUGCGCUAAUGUUUGGAAUGAUAGCUUUGGUUACUAAACCUGGCCAAACCUUGGCUCCUCUCAUUGGCACAUGGUUGCUGUGCGUCUAUACAGGAUAUGACAUCUUCCAGAGGGACGCAAUGAAUAAUAUCAAUGCGGAGCCGCAGAUGGAGCCAAGCAGUGUACUGACAGCCACUCUCCGGCAGGGAUGCUUUUACCUCCUGGUAUUCAUCCCCAUCACUUGUGCUCUCCUCCAGAUUAUUACCUGGUCACAUUUUACUCUACGUGGAAAGCGUCUGUUAGCCGUGAAAGCUUAUCGUCAGGCUCAGCCUCAAAACGUUCUUCCUCAGGACGUCAAAAAUAUAUGAGGGACAGUAGGGGAUGAUUCUGUAAUCCUUCUCUACUGGUAUCAUAGCACAAGGUAUGAGAACAUGGCACAUAUGUGACCUCCUGAAGCGAUCGUGGCCUCUAGCACUGGUCACUACACCAUAAAAAAAAAAAAAGCCAACUUCCUUAACUGACGUUCCAAAGGGAAAGGUCAUGACGGACAUCAUCAUGACUUUCUGGGUAUGAGGACCAAUUACUCUGAUGUUCAGGGGUCAACCUGUAGCCCAUUCUAUGUUCCAUUCCUUUUUAAUGGAAAAAUAUAAAGAGUUACUAAACCCUCAAAGGAGUGGGUGAUGGCAAAAACAGAAAGCCCAUACUUAGGGGCAAGCAUAGGGCUUGCACAAAUUUUUCAAAAAAAGUUUGAUCACUUUCCUGGUCUCUUUCAUAUUCUUCUGGGGGCCUGAGAUGGCGGAGCUUAGAAUAUGGUUUCCAUUGCAGGCAGCAACCUAAGUUGCCUUUUCCGAAACCUCCCGUUGCACUAGAACUGAAGGGGAAAACCAUGAAGAUGCCAUUAGGGAUACACAUUAAUAACUUUUUUAGGCUUUACGGGUUUCCUGUGGGACAGAACGUGAUCAGCAUUGGUAUUUUAAUUUGUGUCCCUUUUAAGUAGACUGCACCACUGAUAGCAGACAACAAAUGGUCGCCGUUUACUCUGGAUGAUAUACCAUGAAACUUUUUUUUUAUUAUUUUUAUUAUAAUGGCCAGCUACGAUCAUUACUUGCUGGCAGGUAAUGAUUCAGAAAGACAGUGUGGCCUAACUACCUGGAAAUAUAUUGGUGAUCCGCUUGACGUACAGGCGCCGACGUGAUUUAUGUGAUUCAUUCAUCUUACAAUGAGCAGGUGCAAUAGUUUUAUCAAUGUGAUUUGUUUACAGAUAUGUGAAAACAGCCAUUUGUACGGUGAUGGACGGUUCGAUGGGGGGGGGGGGGGUUUCCACGCAAGAAUGUACUGCAGUCAUUCAAAGGGUCCAUGUUACUGUGUAUUCUGCGAGUUGUCAUUUCAGGUUGCCUAGCAACCACUUGACUUCUCACCAGGUGACUACACGGAAUUACAAGUACAGAUUACGAUAGGACUUGUCAUUUGCUAUACAUUAGAUUUGCCCCUCCACUGUACACAGGCUUGUUUUAACCCUCCCGCUGAAGAAGCCGGAAACUUAGGAUAAUGGCACAGUCGGAAAAUAUACAUGAA